UCCCCUUCCUCUGCGCCGCGGCGACCUUCGCUCCGGUCGGGGCCUCGGGACAGGCGGGUCCCCCGCUCCUCUCGGGUGCGGAGGGCAGCGCCGAAGAGGCGCCUGCGGGUCCUCACGCGGGGCCGGGGCCUCCCGAGCCGCGUUGGGCGCGCCCAUUCCCUGCCCGGGUCCGAGCUGUCAGCCUCUCCGAGACCCGCGCCGGAGGAGCCGGGACUCGCGCAGCGCGGGCUCCAGCCGUUGCCGGUGUCCAGCUGCCAACUUUCUGCCAGGAUCUGUCUCCUCAUUUCUCCGGUCUCCUCGGACCGAAGCCCUCGGGGGGUAUGUAACAGCCAUGCCUGUGGACACGCUGACUCCCGGAGCCCGGGACAGCCCCGCCCCACCUUUCCGCCUGCGGACCAAGGUCCCCGGCUACCUGCUUCGGCGGCCAGCAGACGGUGGAGCUCGGAAACCUAGUGCCGUGGAGCGCCUGGAGGCCGACAAGGCCAAGUACGUCAAGAGCCUGCAUGUGGCCAACACCCGCCAGGAACCUGUGCAGCCCCUGCUGUCCAAACAGCCGCUCUUCAGCCCUGGGACUCGCCGCACGGUGCUCACACCUAGCCGCCGGGCCCUACCUGGCCCCGGCCGCCGGCCCCAGCUGGACCUGGACAUCCUUAGCAGCCUCAUAGACUUGUGUGAUAGUCCCGUGUCCCCUGCCGAGGCCAGCCGUACCCCUGGACGGGCAGAGGGAGCCCGCCACCCGCCCCCAGCCACCCCUCCACGCCCGCCGCCCAGCACGGCUGCGGUCCGCCGAGUGGAUGUCCUUCCCCUGCCGGCCUCACCUGCCCGGCCCUGCCCGUCGCCAGGCGUUGCUGCCGCCUCCAGCCUGGCGCGGCCCCCGGGUUUGCAACGCUCCAAGUCCGACCUGAGCGAGCGCUUCUCGCGGGCGGCUGCUGACCUUGAGCGGUUUUUUAACUUCUGCGGCCUGGACCCGGAGGAGGCACGGGGGCUGGGUGUGGCCCACCUGGCUCGGGCCAGCUCGGACAUCGUGUCCCUGGCGGGGCCCAGCGCUGGGCCGGGCAGCUCCGAGGGGGGCUGCUCGCGCCGCAGCUCCGCCACUGUGGAGGAGCGGGCCCGCGAGCGCGUCCCCUACGGCGUGUCGGUGGUGGAGCGCAACGCCCGCGUGAUCAAGUGGCUGUACGGCUUGCGGCAAGCGAGGGAGACCCCGGCGGCCGAGGGCUAGGCCUCCGCUGGACUGGCGGUCGCCACAGGACAGAUCUUAGAGAGGCACUUGGCCCCUUGACCUCUCCUGCAUCCGCUCCCUGCCUUGGGGCAGACCAGAGGCUGCUGGCUGGUGUGAACCGGCGUGGAGGCAGAGGCUUAGAGGCUGGACCAGCGUCCGUCUGGCAAGGACUGACCCUGGAGAGAGCUGCCUCUUGAGCGUGGACCACCCCCUACCCUCACGUGUCAGAGUUGUGACACGAGCGUCCCCCUGCUUGGUUCCUCUGGUGGGUUUGGAUUUCAGCCACUUAGCCCUCCCCGCUGAGAGCGAGGGGCCGAGGGAGCUCACCAGGCCUGUCUACUCAGCAGCUCUGUUUCCUUCUUCCUUGGCCUCUGUCCUUUGCUGACUUCCUCUUCCUUACCCAGUGGGCCCUGGUUCCCUGGGAACUCCCCCCCGGGGGUGGGGGCAGGGGGGAAUGGCCUGUCCACUAUUCUUUUCUGGCCUUGGCAGCCUGGCCUAAGUGCGUAGACUGCAGGAGGGACUGGUUAGUCUUCUGCACUGCUCUGACUUCCCUCCCCUUGGUUAAUAAACACAAACGCUUGUUUUUCAA